CCUCGACGCGCGCGCGCGUCGACGCGCGACGUCCUUCGAGCGCAAAGGCGCGCGCGCGCGCUCGGACGACGAAUGAUGACGAGCGGCGCGCUCGGCGCGACGCGCGCGGGCGCGCGCGCGAGGGCGCCGUCGGUGGCGACCGCGAAAAGCGCGCGCGAGAGGUUGAGUCAGCAAAGCGCGCGCGCGCGCGUUCCGAGCGCGGGCGGCGUGCGAGCGCGUCCGAGCGCCCUCGCGCGCGACGACGACGAGAUGCGACGCGCGUCGGUGGUGGUGACGCGCGAGGGAGGGAGGAUGCGGCGCGCGGUGCGCGCGAGCGCGACGAACGCGACGGCGGCGGCGAGCGACGAAGCGAACGCGAACGCGCCGAGCGCGUUCCUCGUCGGCAUCGCGUGGUUCUUCGCCCAUCAGUUGAUCGGAGUCGGGAACGACGUGAUCAUGAAGUUUACCGGUGCGAAUCUCGGCGUGGCGCAGGUGGUGUUUCUGCGAUUUUUGUUCGCGACGUUGACGAUGGUGCCGGUGAUGGCGGCGGGAGGGAAGGAAUCGUUCGCGACCGAUCGAGUGCCGCUGCACAUCGCGCGUUCGGCACUGUUGGCGGGUGGUAUAUUUUUAUACGUUAAAGGUUUGACCAUCGCCCCCAUCGCGGUGGUGACGACACUGAAUUUUACCAUUCCGUUGUUCACGCUCGUGCUCGCGCGCGUGUUUUUAAAGGAAAAGGUGGACGCCACGAGAUGGAUCGGCACUUUGGUCGGUUUCGCGGGCGUCAUGGUCGUAAUGCAACCGGGAGGAGCCGUGUUCAACCCGAUGUGGCUCGUCGUCUUGCUCAGCGCCACCAUGUUCGCGUCGUUGGACGUGUUGAACAAAGUCUUCGUCGGCAAAGAAAGCUUUUGGGCGAUGAUUUUCUACACCGCCUUGUUCACGACGCUCAUCGUCGCCUACCCCGCGCUCACGUCCUGGGUACCGCCAACGACGUUGCAGUACGGACUCAUGGCGGUUCUCGGCGCCGGGGCGAAUGGGUUGCUGUACUGCCUGCUGAAAUCCUUCAGCAUGGUGGACGCGAGCGCGCUCGCGCCGUUUAGAUACACCGAACUCAUCCUCUCCGCCACGGUCGGUUUCUUACUGUUCGGCGAAGUCCCGGCCUCGAGCACUUUGCUCGGCGCGUUAAUAAUCGUCCCGAGCACGCUCUACGUCGUGUGGAAAGAAAACCAAAAGGUUUCCGAUUAACAUUAAUAAUAAACUCGUGGCGAGGGAGCGAGAGAC